AUGAGGUUUUUUGUAACAUUGAUAUUAUUCGGAUCGGUGGCUGCGAAAAAGGGCUUCGACGCGAUUGGCACAAUUUCUGUUAGCACGUUUGAGUGCUUGAAAAAGGAUGGAUACGACUUUUAUGUGGCCAGGGUUUGGGAGGAGAUUAACAACUACGAUCUCAGCGGCAUCCAGAAUAUCAAACACGCACGACAAGCCGGCUUCACCGACGUAGACGGAUACAUCUACCCGUGUCUGCGCUCAAAUUGCCCGGCCGGGUCAAAACAGGUUGAAGCGGUCAUCGACAAACUACACGCAGAGGGCGCUAAGAUUGGCAUGCUUUGGCUUGACGUCGAGGGU